AUGGCUUUCUCCCAGGUGCAGUGUCUGGACGACAGCCACGUCAACUGGAGGUCUAGUGAGUCCAAGCCUGAGUUCUUCUAUAGCGAGGAGCAACGCCUUGCCUUGGAGGCACUGGCCUCUCAGGGGCCAGAUGCCUUUUAUGAGGUCUUGAAGAAAGAGAACAUCAGGGACUUCCUCUCCGAGCUGGAGCUAAAGAAGAUCCUGGAUACACUUGAGACGUAUGACCCAGGUUCUGAAUACAUCCCACGCCAUGGCAGCAGCAUGGGGGACAGCGAAGAUGACCACAACAGCAAAGGGGAUGAGCAGGAUGUGGCCCCAUCCCUGGAGUACUGGCCUCAGAGAUCUGAUCGGUCCAUCCCCCAACUGGACCUCGGCUGGCCUGAGACCGUCGCCUACCGUGGGGUCACCCGUGCCAUGGUGUACAUGCAGCCACCCAUCGAAGGGCAGGCUCACAUCAAGGAGGUGGUGAGGAAGAUGAUCUGCCAGGCUCAGAAGGUCAUUGCAGUGGUCAUGGACAUGUUCACUGACGUCGACAUCUUCAAGGACCUUCUGGAAGCAGGCUUCAAGAGGAAAGUGGGAGUCUACAUCAUUGUAGAUGAGACCAAUGUGAAGCACUUCCUUCAGAUGUGCGAGCGUGCCCAGAUGCACACCGGCCACUUGAAGAACCUCAGAGUUCGAAGCACCGGGGGAACCGAAUUUUAUACUCGCUCAGCCACGAAGUUCAAAGGGGCCUUGGCCCAGAAGUUCAUGUUCGUGGAUGGUGACCGGGCCAUGUGCGGAUCCUACAGCUUCACCUGGUCCGCUGCAAGGACAGACAGGAAUGUCAUUACGGUUCUUUCGGGCCAAGUGGUGGAGGCAUUUGACAAGCAGUUCCAAGAACUGUAUCUCAUGUCCAAGGGGCUGAGUCUCAAGUCUAUCCCCAUGGGCGAGGAGCCAGAGCCUGAGCCUGUAACACUGCCUUCUGUUGUGCCCGUGACCCCUGCCAAUGCCGUGGUAAAGAAGCUGAUUAACCCUAAGUAUGCCCUGGUGAAGGCCAAGAGCGCAGACCAGAUCAGCAAGACUUCUUCUGAGAAUCAGGACAAAAACCAGAAGACGGACAACAAAGGCAAGGCCCUUCCUGAGGGCCAGGCAGGAGAAAAGCAUGGUGACACAGCAGAUCUCUCUCUACUUAUCCACCCUGGCCUCCUCAAUUUGGAGAAAGCCAACAUGUUCGACUAUCUGCCCACCUGGGUCGAGCCUGACCCAGAGCCUGGGAGCGAAGUCUUGGGCUACAUCAAUAUUAUUGACCCCAACAUAAAGAACGUGAAGCUCUCUCAGAUGAACCGCAUCAAAGUCUGUGAUGUCUCCCAAGCCAGUGCUCAGCACAGGCAGAUGCUGAAGAACAGAGAGUUGGAAAUCAAGAAAAGCUCAGAACAAGAGCCAUCUCCAGUGUCCCCAUGCCAAAGACAGAGCUCUCAGACUCCUGCAGAAGUUUCUACGCCGCCUGUUGCCAGCCCCAUUGAGAGCACCAGCUGGAAAACAAAGAAAGUAGGAACUUUUGCAGCUUUGCCUUUGAGCCACCAUUUGAAGCAGCCUGAUGAAACACACAAGGAAAUCAAGCCCCCAGUUCCAAAGCCAAGAACCAUCCCAGUAGGAAGCCCCGUGACCAAAGCCAGCACUCCCUACAACAACAACACUGGCCUGGAAGGUGACACACAGCAGCCACAGCCACAACCAGCCAAGCAAGCAAAUGUUAAAGAAGAACCAAACAACAAUCCCAGCAGAGCUUCAACAGAGACCAGCCACCACGAGCCAGACCAGCCCACAGCAGGACCACAGAAGGACAGAGGGCCUGUCUGUACGCACAAUGGUCUGGCUGAAGAGGAGGAGGAGGAGGAGGAGUAUAUAACUCUCAGCGACCAGGAGAGCUGCUCCAGCAGCUCUGCUGAUCACAGCUACCGCCGCUCCAAUGCCUCCUCCAUCUCAGAUGAGUAUUUUGAGGUGAGAGAUCGCUACGGGCCGCUCCGGAGAACUAACUCCGAUGUCACCCCCAAUGGGGAGAUCCUGCCAAUACAGAGAAAACUGAGCGAUCCUCACAUCAGCAGGGGCACCUUCCUCAGUCCGCUGGGGAACCUGCCGUCACUGACGCACAUGAGGGCAGAGGAUGUGGCAAAGAGGAGGAGCAACGCCGUGGAGAUUAGGUGCGUGCUGCCCCGCACCGUCCUCGAUGGCAACGGCUCCUACCCUGGCAGUGCUGCACAGGGGGCACACAUCUACCAUUACCGAUCCAGGAACCCUGCAGGCAGAGAACAAGGCAAAGAAAUCUCCUGUUCCCUGACACAUGAGAAACCUCCUGCAGCCAGCAAAUGCAGAGGGGAUGGAGGCAGCCCUAAAAAGACCAUUGCAACUGCAGGUAGCCAGCCAUACUGGCAAAGCAAGACCUUCAGCCCCAGCAAGAAUAUACGGCCAAGCCACCUCUCACCAAGCAGCCCCAGAGCAACAAGCAAGCCCUUCACCUCACUCCCAGAAAGCCAGAAGACAGCAGAAGAAACAAGGACGCCCUUUGGCAUCCCAGUCUCCAAACUAUCCCAGUCCAAGCACCUCAAGAGCAAGGUUGCAGCAGCCCCAAGCACUUCCCCCGACUCCAAAAAGAAGCCUCCAGAGGCCACCAGUCAGAAGGACCACUAGGCAUUAGUGCAGGUGGAUGUCCAGGACAAAAGCUGUAGAGCGUGCCUGGAUCCCAGGCAAUGCCGUGUUACAUGGGGCAGGGGAAUAUGUUUACGUUUACCUGGUCGGUACACCAGUACCACGUGGCCAUGACAGACAGCCCGAAAGUCAUCCCAGUCCAGGGCAGAUCUCCAGAGACUGGGUCUCGGAAGAGGUGCAUAGCAUCUGCUCUGGGUAGGUGGCAGGUAGUGUUGGGAACAAUCUUGGCUGGAACAGCUUUUAA